AUGGCGUCUGACGAACCUCUUCCCGACUGCGGCACUAGCAAGCAACACGAACACAUCCUCCAUCUCAAUUUUAGAGAAAAAGUGGCAUGCCGUAAAGAGCACCAGAAUUUAGACUCGCAAAAGAAAGCCUUCGACAAACAGAUCAAUAAGCAAGAAUUAGAAUUGAGGCAACUGCUCCAGAGGGAAUAUGGCCGAGCUUUUCACAUUGAGACAGAUGACCUCAGCCCCAUAGAUAGCAUCAAAUAUAAUGCAGGUAACGACGAGCAUGGGUUUAAUGAGGAUGCCAGUGAGCUUAUCUCCCUUCACGGGAAGUUACCGGCAUUUUACAGGAUUCCAGUGUUAUUAUUUCAUUCCGUGACGAAGCCUGGAGUACGCUACGGAGGACUUGACCGACCUUCACCCAGACACCUGAAGGAGAUCAUCUUAGCGGACGACAACUCCACACUCCGCCUAUAUGCUGCCCUCUCACACGCUCCCCCAACCCUGCCAGGCCUAUACGCUGCCUUUCUCACAACCCUGCCAGGCCUAUACGCUGCCCCUCCCACAACCCUGCCAGGCCUAUACGCUGCCCCUCCCACAACCCUGCCAGGCCUAUACGCUGCCCCUCCCACAACCCUGCCAGGCCUAUACGCUGCCCCUCCCCCAACCCUGCCAGGCCUAUACGCUGCCCCUCUCACAACCCUGCCAGGCCUAUACGCUGCCCCUCUCACAACCCUGCCAGGCCUAUACGCUGCCCCUCCCCCAACCCUGCCAGGCCUAUACGCUGCCCCUCCCCCAACCCUGCCAGGCCUAUACGCUGCCCCUCCCCCAACCCUGCCAGGCCUAUACGCUGCCCCUCUCACAACCCUGCCAGGCCUAUACGCUGCCCCUCCCACAACCCUGCCAGGCCUAUACGCUGCCCCUCUCACAACCCUGCCAGGCCUAUACGCUGCCCCUCUCACAACCCUGCCAGGCCUAUACGCUGCCCCUCUCACAACCCUGCCAGGCCUAUACGCUGCCCCUCUCACAACCCUGCCAGGCCUAUACGCUGCCCCUCCCACAACCCUGCCAGAUUAUUGGGUUUAA